CUCCCCCAGCUCACGCCAAUGGUUCCAUGUCGGACGGACUGACCGGUCCUUUCUGCCACGGAUGGUCCAUAACCCAGCUCCUCCGCACUCUUCUUCUUUUCGUGCUGAUCUUUACAGACGGGGUGGAUCUGUUCGGGUGAAGGGAGAAAAAUAAAAAAUAAAAAAUAACAUGGAGCGAAAUCCUAUACUGGUGCACCCUGCGAAAGUGGAGCCGGAGGCUAGCUUAAGUGACAUGAUCAAACAAGUUUUACGACUCGUACAGAAAGAUGGUCCUCUUGACAAAAAGCAGGCUGAGUUUUGUGACGAUGCUUGCGUAACACGUUACUUGAAAGCUCGUGGGAACAACGUCCGACGAGCGGCAAGGAUGCUGAGAGCUACUCUAAACUGGAGGGAAAAGAUAAAUAUCGGAUACUUGAUUGCGGACGAAUUUCCAGCUGAAAUUGCGGCAGGAGCUGCUUACGUUGCAGGGCACGACGAAGAAGGUCGGCCUAUCUUGGUUGUUAAGAAGAAGCCUGAGUACAUCGUCAAUGGUAGUCAUAAACAGCAUCUUCGGUACAUAAUCUUCACAAUGGAAGUCGCGAUAGCUUCCAUGCCUCCUGGAGUUGACCAAUGGGUCCUCAUUCUUGAUGCUGGGGGUUAUUCAAGAAUGAGUGCUCCGUCGACUAGUGGCAUUCUGACCACUCUAAAGAUGCUUGCCGAUCAUUAUCCAGAGAGGCUGGCCAAAGCUUUCAUUGUGGAUGCUUCUUCUAUGUUCUAUUAUGUUUGGAAGGGUAUAUGCACUUUUGUUGACCAUUCAACCAGAGGAAAGUUGGGUUUUGCAUAUACGAGAGAUUACAGGGUAGUACCAAAGCCACAACCUACAAAGUUCACGCCUUCAAUGUCACCUCUUACUAAACCUCCUCGGAGAAGAUCCAUCAGUUAUUGUGCAGAAGAUUUUAAAUCUCCGAAGGAUUUCAGACAAAAAGCAGUUUCAACGGACUAUUCUCAACUAGAGCCAAUAUUUGAUGUGAGCCCAAAGAGAGAGGAUAGCAAGACUUCCUCUGGCAAGCUGUCGGAGGGACCUGAACUAGCAGGCAGCACGAGAACGCGAUCUUUUUCCUUCUCGUCAAUCACGGGCACUACUACUUGUACAUCGCCGGAUGCAACAGAAGACGUGUUUUCUAGCUUCAGGAAAGAUGACGAAGACCUUGUCGCCCAGCUUGAAAUUCCAGGACCAGCCUCUACACGCGCAAGACGUCCUUCAUGGGAUGGGUUUGUUUCCAUCUUCUACCCAAUGAAGAAGGAAGAGCCCUUAGUGAUCGAAGAGGCCAAGAAUAGAAAUGUUGGUUCCUUCCGACCCUACUUAUCCUCUCUACAGGCCCCCUAUGAUGAGGCUGCGUACAGAGCAUUGAUGAAGCCCCCCCUCGGCGGACUGGUCACAAUCAUUUCCAAAGACUUGAAACACGUAAACAGCAUGUGACCUUGGUUUAGGUGAGGUUCCUAAAUGGUAGGAUCUCUAGAUUACUGUACUUUCGGCUGUUGAGGUUCUCUUCAACAUUUCAAGUUCUUUUCUCGUGUACAUUUAGUCACAGACAUUCAUUCAAGAGCUUUGGCUGUUUUUUCCUCGGGAUCGAUUGAUGAGGAUUGUGGUCCCAUUUAUUCAUACAGCAACGCUUAGAUGUUUUAGUCCUAAGAUCUCUGCGCAUGAAGCUUAGCUCUACGAUUUGAAGUUGGACAGGCUGCGUGAACCACGUACCAUCCAAGUAUUCAGCCGUUGUAUUUCGUAUUUAGUGGAGUCAAGGAAUGCCACUUGUUUUGUCAGGCUUAUUGUCUUUGCUUUUGCUGGUUUCGUUUUAGUCAAAAACCUUUAAACUUC